AAUAUUUUGAAGCCGUGACAUAUAUUUCGGUAUAUUCCUGAGGGUCAGACAGUAUAUUUGAUCGAUCCUGGGUCACACUGCCUGUCACAUAAUAACUGUUCCCGCACUUGCCUGCGUUUUUUAAUUUGAUUGAUUCUCGAGCUGGUUGAAAAUGAUAGCUCACGCUGUACGAGGGCGGCACCUAAUGCGGGCCCUGUCCACGACAAUUGCAUGGACCCGCCCGGGACAAAGUGCCUUGACUAGACACUUUAGCGAGAAGGUUACGCGCCUGCAGAGAUUCAAUGGCGCGACAAUGGUGAUGGCUCAGCGCUUCUACAGUCGCAAACGCGAUUAUCCCGAGAACAAGAAAGCGCCAGCGGUAACAGAAUUGCUGUCCGACCAAGAUUCUAACCUGCCUGCCACAGUGGCCGUGCCCGACGUAUGGCCACAUGUUCCGCUGCUAGCCAUGCGUAAGAAUCCCUUGUUUCCGCGAUUCAUGAAGAUUGUGGAGGUGUCCAACCCAAUUGUUAUAAAUCUGCUGCGUCGCAAAGUUAGCCUUAAUCAGCCCUACGUUGGGGUUUUCCUCAAGAAAGUCGACGGGGAAGAGGAGGUCGUCCAGAGUCUGGAUGAGGUCUAUCACCUGGGCACUUUUGCACAGAUCCAAGAGGUUCUGGAUUUGGGCGACAAGAUGCGCAUGGUGGUGGUGGCCCAUCGUCGCAUACGCAUCACAGGAGAGGUGAUCGAGGAUCUACCACAUCCAAAAAAGCCAGAAAAAUUAAAAGCUGCAGCCAAAGCCGCAAUCGAAGCCGAAGAGAGUACAUCAGCUAUCCCCGUUGCAGAGUCUGCUGCACCAGCUGCAUCACCGCCCGUGCUCAUUGUAGAGGUUGAGAAUGUGAAGCUACCAGUUUACAAAGAAACCGCAGUGGUCAAGGCGCUAAGACAAGAGAUUAUCAAGACUCUACGCGACAUUAUCACCAUGAGUCCCCUGUAUAGGGAGAGUCUCCAUCAAAUGCUGCAUCAGAAUCAACGAGUUGUGCACAACCCCAUCUACCUAUGCGACUUGGGUGCCUCCCUGUCGACCGGAGACCCAGAGGAGCUGCAAAGUAUCCUGGAGGAAGAAGAUAUCCCAAAACGUCUGCAGCUGUCCCUCACAUUACUCAAAAAAGAGCAGGAGCUAUCGAGACUGCAGGCGAAAAUAGGACGCGAGGUAGAGGAAAAAGUCAAGCAGCAGCACCGAAAAUACAUACUGCACGAACGGUUGAAGGUUAUCAAAAAGGAGCUGGGCAUUGAAAAAGACGACAAGGAUGCCAUCGGUGAAAAUUAUAUGGAAAAGCUCCAGGACAAAAUCGUUCCAGAAAGUAUUAAGCAGGUCAUCGAUGAGGAACUGACCAAACUGAAAUUCCUGGAGAGUCAUAGCUCUGAAUUUAAUGUAACCCGCAACUACCUCGACUGGCUCACCUCGCUACCCUGGGGCGUCAUGAGCACUGAGAAUCUCUGCCUGGACAAAGCCAACGAGAUCCUAAACCAUGAUCACUACGGCAUAGAGGAUGUCAAGAAGCGCAUCCUAGAGUUUAUCGCCGUCAGUGCUCUGAAAGGCACCACGCAGGGCAAGAUCUUGUGCUUCCAUGGACCGCCUGGGGUAGGCAAGACGAGCAUAGCCAAGUCCAUUGCUCGGGCCCUGAAUCGCGAGUACUUCCGCUUCAGUGUGGGCGGCAUGACGGAUGUGGCUGAGAUCAAGGGACAUCGUCGCACCUACGUGGGCGCAAUGCCCGGCAAGCUGAUACAGUGCUUGAAAAAAACCAAGACUGAGAAUCCUCUAGUGCUCAUUGAUGAGGUUGACAAGAUUGGCAAGGGCUAUCAGGAAGAUCCCAGCUCGGCGCUGUUAGAGCUACUCGAUCCCGAGCAGAAUGCCAAUUUCCUGGACCACUAUCUGGACGUGCCAAUCGACCUGUCGCGUGUGCUAUUCAUUUGCACGGCCAACGUGAUUGAUACCAUACCAGAGCCGCUGAGAGAUCGCAUGGAGCUGAUUCAGAUGUCCGGCUAUGUGGCCGAGGAGAAGGUGGCCAUUGCCCGCCAGUAUCUAAUACCGCAGUCGAUGAACGACUGUGGCCUGACCGACGAGCAUAUCAGCAUAACCGAGAAAGCCCUGAAUAUGCUGAUACGCAACUAUUGCCGCGAGUCCGGAGUGCGCAACUUGCAGAAACAGAUCGAGAAGGUUAUUCGCAAGGUGGCCUUCCUUUUGGUCAAGAAAGAGGGCACCAGCUUCCCAGUGGAUGCCGAAAAUCUGACCACAUUCCUGGGCAAGCAGAUCUUUACCUCGGAUCGCAUGUACGAGACGACGCCGCCGGGCGUGGUCAUGGGCCUGGCCUGGACGGCCAUGGGUGGCUCAUCGCUGUACAUUGAGACAUCGCCGCGGAACAAAUAUAAAAGCCUGGGCCCCAUAUCAGAAGCCAGUGGUGUAAGCGGAGGUGGCACCUUGUAUAUCACCGGAAACCUUGGAGAUGUGAUGAAGGAAUCGGCCCAAAUAGCCCUGACCGUGGCGCGAAACUUUAUUCACAUUCGAGAUCCUGGAAAUCAGUACCUAGAGCUUGCAAACAUCCACCUUCAUGUUCCUGAGGGGGCCGUACCAAAGGAUGGACCCAGUGCUGGCGUCACCAUAAUCACCGCCCUAAUUUCGUUGGCCACCAACAAGCCUGUGCGUAAUGAUGUGGCCAUGACGGGCGAGAUAUCGCUGAAGGGCAAAGUUCUGCCCGUAGGAGGCAUCAAGGAGAAGGCCAUAGCCGCACGUCGCAGUGGCGUCCACUGUCUCAUCCUGCCCGCGGACAACAAGAAGGACUUCGAGGAAUUGCCCAAGUUCAUAACCGAAGGCCUGGAUGUUCACUUUGCGGCCAACUACGAGGAUGUCUACAACAUUGCAUUUUCCGAACCCCUCGAGGUAUCCAGCGUAGACUGCGCGGCCGGCACAAUGCCAUUCGGGCCUCGUAUUAUCUUAGAGGUUGGGGGUUACAUCGUUGUAUGGACAUCGUAUCAGUAUAAUUAGUGUAUGUAGACAAUACAAAAGCAUUUGCUAAACCUAAGCUAAUGUACAUAAAUCGAGUCUGUAUAUCCGACACAAUGCCGAUGGAACUGUCACGUAGUAGUUUGGUGAUUAGAUAUCAGUAUUAUUUUCCGCGGUUCAGUUCAUAUGUUUAAAUAAAUGGGGCUUAAGUGGCUUAAGUUUCAAAUUUACGGUA